AUGAGCUCUUCACGCCAGGUCUACUUGCUUCCAUUGAAGGAUGAUGGAGCUCCAGAUGUUCCUGGAGGCUUCAUCUACCUGGCUCCUCCACCCAAGGAGGGUUACGUUCUCCGGUUCAUCAUCGAGGGAACGAGCUCCAUCUGCCGACAGGGUAGCCUGUGGAUAAAUAUCCCCGAGGAAGGCAAACCCUUUGAGCGCCAUUCGUUCCGGGAAUUCAAAUUGCAACCCAACUUCAAUGAGAACAUCCAGAUUGAUAUCCCAGUGGCGUUUGCGGGAUCGUUUGCUUUCUACACAACCUUCUCCCCACUGCCGGAGUUCUCCGUCGAGGAUGUACCCACUCCGGAGCCUACUCAGACUCCUGUUCACUAUAUCGAUGUGUCGCCAAGACUCACAGUCCAAGGGAAGGAACUGCCGCUCAAUGCGCUUUCUAUCUUCUCGGUAAUCUCCAAGUUUAUGGGCGAGUACCCCACAGACUGGGACAGACAUCUCCGUGGCAUCGGACAGCGGAACUACAACAUGGUUCAUUUUACGCCCUUGAUGCAGCGGGGUUCGUCAAACUCCCCGUACAGUAUCUAUGAUCAAUUGGCGUUCGAUAGCGCCUUCUUCCCCAAUGGAGAAGAUGAUGUCGCUGCGCUCGUUGCAAAGAUGGAGAAGGAAUACGGUCUCCUCACUUUGACUGAUGUGGUCUGGAACCACACAGCUAAUAAUAGCAAGUGGCUGGAGGAGCACCCCGAAUCUGGCUACAGUGUAGCGACUGCCCCCUGGUUGGAGGCUGCGCUUGAGCUCGAUACUGCCCUGCUAGAAUUUGGCGAGAAGCUUCAAGACCUGGGUCUUCCCACCGAUUUCAAGACAGAGGGGGAUUUGGUAACAGUCAUGAACGCGGCCCGCAAGCAGGUCAUUGAUGGAAUUCGUCUUUGGGAAUUCUACGUUCUUGAUAUCAAGAGUGAUGUCAAGAAAAUCUUGGAUGUGUGGGUCAAAGCAGAUAUUGACCACAAGCUCGUCGAGCACCAGGACAUGCAGCUGUUCAAGGGCUGGUCCCUGAACCAGCAGGCCAAUGUUCUUCGUGAGCUCGGUAUUCCAUCCGUCAAGCAGAUUCUUGGGCGAUUUGGCCGUUCUGUAGACCCACAAUUCGGCGCCGUUGCUUUGAAUGUGCUUUUCGGUGAUUACGAUAAGGCCAGUACCAACCUUUCUGAGGUUGAGGAUGCCUUGACCAAACUGCUAGAUGAAGCAAACCUGCCUUUUUACAAGGAGUACGAUGCUGAUGUUGACGCGAUUAUGGACCAGCUGUUCAACCGUGUCAAGUAUCUGAGGAUCGAUGAUCACGGCCCCAAGAUGGGCCCCGUCACGAAGGAGAACCCUUUGAUCGAGACUUACUUCACUCGCCUUCCUGUGAAUGAGACUACGAAGAAACAUGACUCUAAGGCUUUGGCUCUGGCUAACAAUGGCUGGAUCUGGAACGCUGAUGCCAUGCGAGACAACGCUGGCCCUGAUUCAAGGGCCUACCUGCGCCGCGAAGUCAUCGUUUGGGGUGACUGCGUCAAGCUGCGGUACGGAUCUUCCCCGGAAGAUAGUCCUUUCCUCUGGGAUUUCAUGACCCGUUAUACUCGCCUCAUGGCCAAGUACUUUGUCGGAUUCCGAAUCGACAAUUGCCACUCCACCCCGCUGGUUGUUGCAGAAUACCUACUAGAUGAAGCCCGCAAGGUCCGACCUGAUCUGACCGUGUUCGCAGAGCUCUUCACCGGCUCUGAGGAAGCGGAUUACGUCUUUGUCAAGCGCUUGGGUAUCAAUGCCCUCAUCCGCGAAGCCAUGCAGGCUUGGAGUACCGAGGAGCUUAGUCGCCUUGUCCAUCGUCAUGGUGGUCAACCAAUUGGCAGCUUCGAGAUGGACCUUCCUUCGGCUGGAAGCAGCCACGCCAUCGCGUCCGCUAAGUUUGGCAAGAGCGAUGAGAACAUAACUCAUAUUCGACCAUGCCCUGUGCCUGCCCUGUUCAUGGACUGUACCCAUGACAACGAGGUGCCUGCCCAAAAGCGUGAUGCUAGAGACACUCUGCCAAACGCUGCGCUUGUGGCCAUGUGUGCAUCCGCCACUGGCAGUGUGAUGGGAUAUGACGAGGUUUACCCCAAGCUCAUUGAUCUGGUGCAUGAAACCCGUCAAUAUGCUUCUGUGUCAUCGGAUGCCGAGAAGCUGGAUGUGGGAGCUGGCGAGGGUGGCAUCGGCGGUGUCAAGAAACUUUUGAACGAGCUCCACACCAUGAUGGGAGUCGAGGGCUACGAUGAGACUCACAUCCACCACGAUGGUGAAUAUAUCACCGUACACAGAGUGCACCCAAAGACGAGAAAGGGUGUAUUCUUGAUUGCUCAUACUGCCUUCCCGGGCAAUGAAAGCGGUGCCAUCCUGGACGCCACUCACAUCGCCGGCACCAGUGCCAAGCACAUUGGAUCAUGGCAGCUGCAGGUUGAGGCUGGUGAAGACGAAAAGACGAAGGUGCUGGCCGACGAAAAAUAUCUGAAGGGUCUUCCCAGCCACACCCGCGCCAUUGAGAGCACCAACAUUGAGCAAAACGACAAAGAAGUCAUUGUCUCCGUUCUGGAUACCCUCGUUCCUGGAUCUAUUGCCCUCUUUGAGACAUGGAUUCCUGGCGCAGACCACGCAGACGGCUUUGAAAACAACCUUGCUAACGGUGCGGAUGAGGCCUUCUCUGAACUAAGCUUGGUUGAUCUUAACUUUGUCCUUUACCGCUGCGAGGCCGAGGAGAGAGACUCCAGUGACGGCCAGGAUGGUAUUUACGAGGUGCCCAAGCUUGGACCCAUGGUCUAUGCUGGUCUUCAAGGCUGGUGGAGUGUGCUUGAGGAUACUAUUAAGUACAACCAGCUCGGCCAUCCCCUCUGCGAUCAUUUGCGCGAGGGCCAAUGGGCCUUGGACUACAUCAUUGGACGAUUGGAGAAGGCGGCCGCAAAAGAGGGGUAUGUUGCCUUGAAGAAGCCUGCCGCAUGGCUGCGUGGAAAGUUCGAAGCUGUUCGCGCCUUGCCCAACUUCCUUUUCCCGAGGUACUUCGCAAUCAUUGUGCAGGUCGCAUAUAAUGCAGCAUGGAAGAGAGGUAUCCAUCUGCUUGGAGAUAAUGUGCGACAUGGCCAGGAAUUCAUUCACCAGCUGGCUAUGGUCAGUGUUCAACAGACCGGCUACGUCAAGUCCGCAUCGUUGUGGCCUACCAAGAUGGUUCCCAGUCUUGCAGCAGGAUUGCCUCAUUUCGCGGUGGACUGGACAAGAUGCUGGGGUCGGGAUAUCUUCAUCUCUAUCCGUGGUCUUUUCCUAUGUACCCAGCGGUUUGAUGAUGCCAAGGAACACAUCAUUGCCUUUGCUAGUGUCCUUAAGCAUGGUAUGAUUCCCAACUUGCUGAGCAGUGGCAAGCUACCGAGAUACAACUCUCGCGACUCUGUUUGGUUCUUCAUGCAAGCUAUCCAGGAUUACACUGAGAUGGCACCUAACGGCAUUGAAAUCUUGCAAGAGAAGGUCCCAAGACGCUUCUUGCCGUACGACGACACUUGGUUCCCCUUCGAUGACCCUCGUGCAUACUCCGAGUCUCCGACUCUCCUCGAGUGUGUCCAGGAAGUGUUCCAAAGACAUGCUUCUGGUAUGUCCUUCCGCGAAUACAAUGCCGGCCCAGACCUCGACUGCCAGAUGAAGCCCGAAGGUUUCCAGAUUGACGUCAAAGUUGACUGGAACACGGGUCUCAUCUUCGGUGGCAAUCAGGAUAACUGCGGUACCUGGCAAGACAAGAUGGGCGAGAGCCCCAAGGCUGGAAACAAGGGUGUUCCUGGCACACCGCGCGAUGGUUCCGCUAUCGAGAUUACCGGUCUUUCCUACAGUGCUUUGGCGUGGGUUGCCCGCCUUCACGAAUCUAAGGCAUACCCAUACGAGGGUGUUGACAUCGGUGAUGGCAAGAAAAUAAGCUUUGCUGAAUGGGCCGGCAAGAUCAAAGACAACUUUGAGCGUUGCUACUUUGUUCCUCUCGACCCCAAGGAAGAUGAUCAGUACGAGGUGGAUGCAAAGAUUGUUAACCGCCGCGGCAUCUACAAGGACUUGUACAAGUCUGGUAAGCCUUAUGAAGACUAUCAGCUCCGCGCCAACUUCCCUAUCGCCAUGGCCGCUGCCCCUGAGCUGUUCACACCUGCCAAGGCUCUUAUCGCUCUGUCAAUUGCCGACUCUGCUAUUGUGGGUCCCGUCGGAAUGUCGACCCUUGAUCCAUCUGACCUGAACUACCGCCCCAACUACAUUAACUCGGAUGACUCGGAUGACUUUGCAACAGCCAAGGGCCGAAACUACCACCAGGGCCCAGAAUGGGUCUGGCAACGCGGCUACUUCCUCCGUGCCCUGCUGCACUUUGAUCUUCUGCGCCGGAAGACGCCAGAAGAACGAACCGAAUGUUUCCAGCAGGUCACUCGCCGACUUGAUGGCUGCAAGAAGGCUUUGCGGGAGAGCCCCUGGAAGGGUCUGACUGAAUUGUCUAACCAGGCUGGCGCGCAUUGCAACGACUCGUCCCCCACCCAAUCCUGGUCUGCAGCCUGUCUGCUGGACGUUUAUUACGACGCAUCUCACUCGUAA